AUGGAAGCUUUAAAAGCUGAAAUCCAAGAAUAUUGCAAAGACAUCAGCACACUUGCAGACUAUUUUGUGACCAUAGGGAUGAGUUUAGAAAACAUUAAAAAUCAUGUGAUGAACAAUGAAGCUUUAUCCCCUAUCAUUCUUUCACAAUUUCCUCCAAUUCAAAGAGAAGGAGCAGUAAUUCCUGCCCAGCUUCCGAUGUUUUGUUUUCCAUGAGGAGCAGAAAUUGUUAAAGGGACAACUGAAGUGCCAAGUUCUCUAUUCAAUUUAGUCCUUACAGAUGAACAAGGCCAUUUACUAUAUUGUACAUGUCUAAAAGUUUAUGAAGCUUAUUUUCAUGAAGAACCGUCUGAGGGUUCGCCCUCUCGAGGAGUUUUUAAAAGAGCUGAUACUAGAGCGAAAACAGGUAGACCUGAUACAACUCAAUUCCCAUCUUUCGAAAUGGUAGAGAUUGAAGAAAAUGAAAAUCCUUUCAAAAAGAGAAGUUUUACUUUAGGAAACUUAGACGAGCUUGAGGGAGAAAUUCCGAAUGAAGAAGAAGUAGCUUGCAUGAUACCUUCGUUCUCGUUUUUUUGUCCUACUGGUGCUUUAGUUCCUAAGUGUUUGGUCAUCGUUUCAAGGCACCCAUAUUUUGAAACUUUUAAAAAGAUAUUGAACACAUUCUAUAAAAUGAGCUCUGCAAGGCUUGACUUACCAUUAGAGUGCUAUAUAUCUCAUUUUAUUCUGCAAGUGCCACUGCCUUCAAGAGGUCACGUCGAAAUUCUUUAUCAAAUUGAGGCUCAGCAAUUUCGACUUUCACUGCCAGCAGUUAAUAGGUUUCCUUUAUUAGAUAUCAAUUUAGGAAUGCUUUUUUACUGCCUAGAUCUCGAAAAUAUGCUAUUUGUAUUCAGAUGCAUUGCUACCGAACAGCCUAUCGUUUUCGUAUCAAACAACGAAGACAAACUUUGCACAUGCACUUAUGCGCUUUUAGCACUAAUUUUUCCAUUCCACUGAAGCCUAGUUUACGUCCCAUUGUUACCUGAACAGCUACUAGAUUAUCUAUACUCUCCUGUGAACUAUAUUUAUGGGGUAAAUAUAAGGAGCAAAGAAGCUAUUUAUAAUAGAUGCAGCGAAACUGCUGUUAUUGUGGACUUAGAUAAUAAUAAAAUCGAAUGCCCAUUUUAUACACAAAAUCAUACAAAGAAGCAAACUCUACCGAAUUUGCCUGAACAUUAUGGAAAGAAGCUAACAAAAAGAAUAGUAAGUGUCUUGUCUAAGGCUGGGGCAGGGAAGUCUAAACCUCCAAAGUUAAGCGUGCCUCGACUUGAUGAGUUUGCAACUAAAAAUAUAAGGGAAGCUUUCUUUCAGUUUUUUGUGUCCAUUUUUAUAUCCUAUAAAAAGUUCUUGAACUAUGAUUGGAACGAAAAUGAUAAUUCAAGUUUUUUUGAUAGAAAAGGAUUUUUGGCAAGUGUUCCUGAAAAUGCUAGAUUUUUCUUACUCCCCUCCCAUGAGAGAGCAAACAAUUUUUUGCUCGUUCACAGAGGGAGUUAAUUUAUUUUAUAAAAAAAUUUCACAUUUGUAAAAAUUGAGAAACAAAAAUUAAUUUAAUUUGCGAAAAUUUAUAUUUUAAAACGUAGGGCUGUUUAAAAUUAUUCAGAAUUAGCUAGAGAUGUCGUUGAUAUAAUUAUCAUUUAUAUAUCAAAAUAAUUUUUUUCAUAAAAAUUUUUGUUCGUUCAUGGGGGGUGGGUUUUUUGGGCAAAAAAUAAGGAUUUUUCUAAUGGUUUUGUUAGCUCACGGAGGAGUUAGGUGAAAUGAUAAAGUCACAGACUUUUGCAAAUUUUUGUGCUACAAGAUUAAGACCUAGAACAAUAGAAGAGCACUGUGAAGGGCUGCUAUUUGACGAGCAUAUAAUAGCAAAAAAUAACCGAUCUAAGCUCAAAUACAAUAAAGUCCCUGCCCCAUUUAUAAGUGAUCAGUCUCAAGAACUGCAUUCAAAAUACCAAGUUCCGUUGAUUUCUCAAGUUUAUGUGAGCAAAAAAGAGCAUACUUAUAAUCAAUUUCCUGAUUUUGAUAUGAAUGUUUUCCAAGAAUAUGGGUUGCCUCUUACUCGGCCUCCCAAGUAUUCAGAUAAUAUUGAUAUUCCUUCUCCUCCGCAGCCGUCCGCACCUCCAACUUGUAAAACUGAUAUAGAGUGCAUCCUAACUCCCCUCUUCCGUAAGCGAAUAUAAAAAUUUUGUUCGCUCACAAGAGUGCUAAUUUCUUUUGUUGAAAUUUAUUGUGUAAAAUUGGAAAGUAAAUAUUUAAUUAGCUUGUAAAUUAUGUUUUAAAAUGUAAACUGUUUAAAAUUCAACAAAAUUAGCUAGAUAUUUCAUUAUACUAAUUAUCACUUAUAUAUCGAAAAUUUUUUUUUCAUAAAAAUUUUUUGUUAGCUAACAGAGGGUGAGUUUUGUUCGCUUACGGAGGGGGAAAGUAAGCUGCUGGGUCGAAAUGUGGGCUGCUUGCUUAUGGUACCAGCAUGAAGAGGAGCAAUCUCUCCGUCUCAAAGAAGCUUUGCAAGUUCUUGAACUAAUAAAUUCUUCCUUUAAUGGCUCUUUGACAUCUCUUUAUAAACUUUUAUUUGAGGCAUGCUUGAACGUUAACCCUAGCCUUGCUUUACCUAUUUUUUCAGUCAUGAAUACUUUGCAAGUUAUGGUAGAUGCAGGGACGGUACAUUUAGUCCAACGAGUCAUAUCAAAAUUAUCACUAAAGCCACAAGACAUUGAAAUGAGAAAGACGAGGGACAGCUUACUAGUGACGAAUUCGCUAUUAUCUGACUCAACAAAUUUAGUGAAUCGCAAAAGACGCAUUUUUACUAGGCCAGGAGACAUUCAUAUUUUUGCCAAACAAGAGGUAUGCUUUUUGGUUAAAGAGUUAUGUAAAAAAUGUGGAAAGCAGCUAAGUUUAGAAGAGAUUAAGCACGGCUGACGAAGGCAGCCUUAUGACUACCAAAGUCUUUGCAACAACUGCCAACACGGAAAUUUCCCUCAGCUGAGAAUUCGAGUUGGGUUAGAAGUAGGGCAUAUUUCUCAAAAUAAAACAUCAUCAAAAGAAGACACCCUCUUUGUCUCUCCGCAAACACUUAAAGCUCUCGUUACUGACAUAUUGAAUGAAAAAGAUAAUAAAUUUCACUUGAAUAUAGAAGCCAUGAGAGUUUACAACCCCAUGAUAUUUUGGAAUUUGGUUUGGCACUUUAAUAAUCUCGGCUUAACAUUUGAAUUUAUUUUACCUUACGAAAAAGACACAGAAAACAAAAAGUUUUUUGCACUAAAUACCGACGAUGGCCCAAACAAGCAGGAAGAAAUGUUAGAUGGAGAAACACAAACGUUGUGGAGCUUGGAAAAGGUCAGUGAAGCUAUUCAAAAGUAUAAUGAGUUGAUAAAUGAAAUUAAUUAA